AUGGAUGUCCAACAUGUUCCCUCAGAGAUGGUGGCCACUGCCUCGUAUGAUGAGAAGAGAAAUCAUAAUCCAUUGCAUGUACCAAUGUCACCUGAUCAAUUCUUGGCUGCCAAUGAGGAGCCAUCCACUUCAUCAGGUAACUCACCAAACAAGAGCAAGAUAUCGAGAACAUUGUCAAGAUCAUUGUCGUUCUGGUCCAGCAAGAAUAAGGAGUCGGGCAGUCCUUCAAUGUCACCUCAGUUAUCAAAGAUGGAGAAGGAGAGAGAUAGACUAGAGACCAAAGAGAAGAAACGUGUAAAGAGAGAGAUCAAGUUGCAGAGGAAGGCAUCUAAAUCAUUCAUGGAGGGUAGUGACAGUGUUGUUGAGGUGGACAACAUUGAUUAUGAUGAUGAGAUUGAAGAGUCGGGAGAGAAUCAAGAUGAUGUACCAGAUGAGGCCAAGGAGGCAUCAGAUGACAAUGCCAGUGACGGAGGGAUCAGCUUCACCUCGUUCUCCAACAGUCAGUUCAAUCACUUUCCAGAAAAGAAGACCAUCACUUUAUGA